AUGGCGGGCGGGAGAUGGCUCUUCCCCCUCGUCUCCGUCUCGUUCGUUGCAGUCCUCCUCGUCCUCUCCGCCAUCUCCGGCUUCAUCGCCUCCUCAGCCUUCUUCGCUGGCCAGCCGGACGCCGCCGAUGUUCACCGCGGCGCAGCCCACCCGCCGGCCUUCGCGUACUACAUUUCCGGCGGUCGCGGCGACGCCUCUCGGAUGAUCCGCCUCCUCCUCGCCGUGUACCACCCCAGGAACCGCUACCUUCUCCACAUUUCUGCCGAUGCCCCUAACUCGGAGCGCGCGGAUCUGGCGAUCCGCGUCCGGCUCUCGAUGCCCGCCGUAAGAGCGUUCGAGAACGUGGACGUGGUGGGCAAGGCCAGCCCCAUGACCCCGAUGGGGUCGUCCGAGCUGGCUGCGAGGUUGCAUGCUGCGUCGGUGCUCCUCCGCCUCGAUGGUAGCUGGGAUUGGUUUGUGACCUUGAAUGCAGCGGAUUAUCCGCUGGUCACGCAAGACGAUAUGAUUCAUGUUUUCUCGUCUGUGCCUAGGGACUUUAACUUUGUGGAUCAUACCAGUGACCUUGGAUGGAAAGAAUAUCAAAGGGUGCAGCCUAUUAUAGUCGAUGCAGGCAUCUAUUUGGCAAAUAGGAAACAAUUCUUCCAAGCUUCACAGAAGCGGGACACUCCUGAGUCCUUCAAAUUCUUCACAGGUUCGCCAUGGGUUAUUCUGAGCAGAUCUUUCAUAGAGUACAGUGUUUUAGGUUGGGACAAUCUUCCCCGAACAUUACUUUUGUACUUCACGAAUGUAAUACUGUCCCAGGAAGGCUAUUUCCAUUCAGUCAUGUGCAAUUCCCCUGAUUUCCAGAACACAACCAUAAACAGCAACCUGAGGUACAUGGUGUGGGAUAAUCCUCCAAAGAUGGAGCCUCAUUUCCUGAACAUGACAGAUUUUGACAGGAUGAUGGAAAGUGGAAUGCCUUUUGCAAGGCAGUUCCAUCAGGAUGACCCAGUGCUCAACAAAAUCGAUGACAAGGUACUCGGACGUCGGCACCAUCAGGCUGUUCCUGGGGCUUGGUGCUCCGGGCGCAAGAGAUGGUGGACAGAUCCAUGUUCCCAUUGGAGCAAUGCCAACAUCAUGAGACCUGGUCCACAAGCUGAGAAGUUUGCUCAGGUGAUGAAGGAUCUUUUAGACAAAUGGAAGUCUGAUUCAAGGUCAUGCAAAAGCCACGAGAAUGCCACGAUUAGUUCCUAGAACCUCAGUGGCGUGCCAUUCAGCCAUUUCCCCACGCAGGGAACUAGCAUUGGUAGGAUGGAUUUUGAUACGGAGGUGGUGGGUGGUUCAUUGUUUUGAUGCUGGUCUGGCUUUAAAAUUUUCCUGUAUAUUAUUCAACUAGCUACGGCGAUACAAUGCAUUUUAGAGGCCAGCAUGUCAUCAAAACCCAAUAAUAUAACUUCUUUCUUUUAAUA